AUGUCUUUGGAAGAAAAGACCGCCGGGUUGUCGGUGGAAGAUGCUAAGAAUGCCAAGACUGAACAGAAAAUCACACCUUGGGAAGUAGAAGGUGCUGUGGUGGAUGGUGAAACCCAAGGCAUCGAUUACGACAAAUUGAUAAACCAGUUUGGAACUCGUAAAAUUACCACCGAGACGUUGGAAAGAUUCAAGGCAGUUACCGGGGCUGAACCACACCCAUUCUUGAAGAGAGGUGUGUUUUUUUCCGAAAGAGACCUCGAAAAAAUCUUGUCUCUCUAUGAGCACGGCGAGCCUUUUUUCUUGUACACGGGAAGAGGACCUUCGUCAGAUUCCAUUCAUUUGGGUCAUAUGGUCCCUUUUGAAUUCACCAGAUGGUUACAGGAGGUUUUCGAUGUUCCCUUGGUCAUUGAAUUGACAGAUGAUGAAAAGUUUUUGUUCAAACCCAAAUUAACCAUUGAAGAUGUCAAGGGUUUUGCCCGCACAAACGCCAAGGAUAUCAUAGCAGUUGGGUUCAAGCCAGAGAACACAUUUAUCUUUUCAGACUUGGAGUAUAUGAACGGACCAUUCUACGAAAAUGUGGUCCGUACUUCAAGACAAAUUACCACCUCUACAGCCAAGGCAGUAUUUGGAUUUCAAGAUUCCGAUUGUAUUGGAAAACUUCACUUUGCCAGUGUCCAGAUUGCCACUGCGUUCCCUUCGUCAUUUCCUGACGUUUUGGGCUUGCCUGCUAAGACACCAUGCUUAAUUCCAUGUGCCAUUGAUCAAGACCCAUACUUUAGAGUGUGCAGAGAUGUUGCCGAUAAACUCAAGUUUACCAAGCCAAGUUUGAUCCACGCCAAGUUCUUUCCAGCCUUGCAAGGAGCAUCCACCAAGAUGUCGGCUUCCGACACCACCACGUCGAUUUUCAUGGGCGACACUCCGAACCAGAUCAAAAAGAAGAUCAACAAGUAUGCGUUUUCUGGUGGAAAAGCCACGAUAGAGGAACACCGUGAGGUGGGUGGGGACCCGGAUAUCGACGUGGCAUUCCAAUACCUUUCGUUUUUCAGUUAUGACGACGAAAAGUUGCAAAAGUUGGCCGAUGGUUAUAGAAAGGGAGAGGUUUUGUCGGGAGAAAUGAAGCAAGAGUGUAUUUCUGUGAUCCAAGACUUUGUGGCUGCGUACCAGGCAAGACGGGCUGCCAUCACCGAGGAGGAAACUGACCAGUUUAUGAAACCCCACAAGCUUGUGUGGGGAACCAAGGAAAGAAAGGUGCCAGUGAAAGAACGGCCAGCCAAGAAAUAG